AUGUUUGUCACUAUCUUAUGGUCUUUGAUACCCACGCUAGUCGUGGCGUAUGACGGAAGGGAAAGGUAUUUCUCAGUUGGAAACCCACAAUUCCUCAGAACUAGGAUAGAUUCAAUCGUCUCUCCAAAUAAAGUCUCAGGUCACGAACAUAAUAUCGUAGGAGUUAGUAAUUUCAACGCUGGUUUGACUUUUGAAGAAGCUCAAAAAGCUUCGUGUACCACCAGCUACAUUCAAGCUGAUAAGUCUGCAUAUUGGUUACCUGGAUUGUACUACCAAUGGAAAAACGAUAGCACUUUCUCCAACAUCCAAGGUGAUGGUAUCGUCACUUAUUGGAAAUACGCCCAAUCCGGUCCUAAUGAUACUUUCGCAGUCGUACCCGAUGAUUUUAGGAUGGUAGCGGGUAAUGUCAGUCGUGAUACUUUGGAUAUACAAGAAGCAAAGAAUAAUGCGGUUUCCUUCGAAUGUAUUGGAGAUGGUUGGGACUAUAAAUUCCCCUACAUCCCCGCUGAUCUGGAAUGCCCUGCGAUCCGUUCUCAAAUCUUUUUUCCCAGCUGUUGGAAUGGAAAAGACGCAUAUCUUUCGGACAAUUCACAUGUAUCAUACCCUUUGAAUACGGAUCAAUACGAAGGUGCACCAUGUCCUCCCACACAUCCUCAUCGUAUUCCGUCCUUGUUCAUGGAAGCAUACUAUCAUCCGAAAGACGCCCUUGGUCCAGAUUAUGAAUGGUAUCCUGGUUGCCUUGUCCUAUCUACAGGAGACAACUUUGGUCUGAGUUUCCACGCCGACUGGCAAAAUGGUUUCCCAAGUGGAAUGCUGGUCGAUGCUUUCAAUCAAUGUCAGGAUCAGCUGAACGGAACUCCCGUAGGAUGCGCGGUGUUUGACGCCAGUAUCGAUCACGCUGCGGCGGAUGGUUGUUAUCCAACGGGACAACUAGUGGCUGAGCCCGUGGGCCUGAACAAACGUCUACCCAAUCUACCUGGCAACAACCCAGUAUACAACUCUUCCGCUCUUGCCAACAAACCCAAGAUUCCCAGACCGGGUUACGUUGAAACCGCCGUCCUCGUCAAUGUUCCCGCAGACAAGAGCGGUACCUGUCAAGGUAUCGGUAACAGGGUGUGUACCGAUUAUGAUGGUCCUGUACCCGAAUCGAAUCAGCCAAACCCAAAUGACAACUCUGGAAACAGUUCCACUUCCGCACCUUCAUCUUCUUCAUCCAUGCCUAUGGAUAUGCCCAUGCCAAGUGGCUCAUCUUCCUCUUCCGCCGCUUCUAACCCCGUCACUUCGAGCUCUGUAGGGAUGGGUGGAACACCCGAGGCUAUUCAGACAGGUGGAGGUGAUGUUUUAUUGGCGGGAGGUUCGAGUAGUUCUAUGCCGACACCUUCAGGAAAUCCAGUAGGAGGUUGCGAAAGGAGACGUAAGAGAUCUCGUGGUCGUGCUGUACAAGAGGAAUAUGAUGAUUAUGAUUGGUAA